AUGCCUUUCAAAUCGCGCUGGCAGAUCAAUGUCCCGGAUACGCAUCUGGCGUCGCUGCUACUCACCUCCCCAACACACCCUCUGUCCAAGGAACACCGAUCCUUCUCCGAAGCUGCCCGUCCAGACACGCACUAUUUCACAACCCACGAUUACCGACUAUGGUGUCAGCGAUUUGCUGCGGGGCUGCGCAAGUCCGGCCUUCAAAAGGGAGACAGGGUGCUGCUCUUCUCUGGCAAUGAUAUCUUCUUCCCUGUAGUCUUUAUGGGAAUCAUCAUGGCGGGUGGGAUCUUCACGGGUGCCAACCCUACCUAUGUGGCAAGAGAACUUGCAUAUCAGUUGCAGGAUAGCGGUGCUAUAUAUCUGUUGUGUGCAGAGGAUAGUAUCGAUACGGGGAUCGAGGCUGCGAAAUUGGCAGGGUUGAGCAAGGAUAAGGUGUUUGUGUUUAACAACGCCAUAUAUGAUGGGAAGGGACAGGCCGUAAAGGGCUACCGGUACUGGGGCGAGCUGGUUGCGUCUGUUGAAGAGGGGACUGGAUUCGCUUGGGAUGAGCUGGAUACGCCAGAGAAAUCCAGCACCACUCUUGCGCUCAACUAUUCCAGCGGCACAACGGGGAGGCCCAAGGGUGUCGAGAUUUCACACAAGAAUUACUGCGCAAACAUGCUGCAGUAUAACCACCUGUUCUAUUUGAAUCCAGAUUGGAAGGAGAAAUCGAAGCGGGCGCGCUGGCUAUGCUUUCUUCCGAUGUACCAUGCAAUGGCUCAGAAUAUUUUUAUUGCCGCCGCUUUGAACCGCGGUGUCCCCGUUUAUAUCAUGCCGAAGUUUGACUUUCUCAAAAUGCUCGAGUAUACGGAGAAGUACCGCAUCACGGACUAUAUCAUCGUUCCACCCGUGGUGGUGGCGCUGGCAAAACAUCCCGCUGUGAAGAGUGGGAAAUAUGAUCUGAGCAGCGUGGAAGCAAUUGGUAGCGGCGCUGCGCCUUUAGGACGAGAAGUCUGCGAGGAAGUCGAAGCCCUAUGGCCGCCUGGCCGGAUCAAUAUCAAACAAGGCUGGGGGAUGACAGAGACCACAUGCUCAAUUCUUGGAUGGAAUCCCUCCGACAAAAGCUUCUCUGCUUCAGUCGGAGAGCUGAAUGCCAACUGCGAGGCGAAGAUCAUGGCUGAAGAUGGGGUAACUGAAUUAGACCUGAAUCAGCGCGGCGAGCUCUGGGUCCGAGGCCAGAAUAUUAUGAAGGGGUACUGGCGAAACCCAGAAGCAACUAAGGAAACCAAGACGGAAGACGGGUGGCUGAAGACUGGAGAUAUCGCGUUUGUCGACAAUGAAGGGAGAUUCCAUGUAGUCGACCGAAAGAAGGAGCUCAUCAAAGUGAAAGGCAACCAGGUGGCACCGGCAGAGUUAGAGGCCAUUCUACUUGAGCACCCAGCAGUUGCCGAUGCGGCUGUUAUCGGCGUUCCAAUGAACAACGAUGAGGCUCCCCGAGCAUAUAUCGUCGUGAAACCGGGGAAGAGUGCAACCGCAGAGGAUAUCACCACUUUCAUGGAGGGCAAAGUGUCACGAAUUAAGCGAAUCACUGGUGGCGUUGUUUUCGUGGAUUCAAUCCCAAAGAAUCCAUCAGGAAAGAUCUUGAGAAAAGCACUUCGAGAACAGGCCAAGCAGGAGAUGCAAGGUCCUGUUGCGAAGCUAUAA